AUGGGCCGUGUGAUCCGGACAUUUGCGAGCACACGGCGCACGAUGAUGCCAGAGGUGCUCCAGACUCUUCUGCAGGACUACGUCGACGAGGCCAACCCCUCCAAGGCGCUCUACCUCUCGCUGGUGCCCGCGACGGGUGACGUGGAGAUGGCCUCAGAGGAGAAGGACAAGGAGAAGGAAAAGGAGAAGGCGAAGCUGCCGAACAUCCAGAAGCCCCUGCCGCCAGAGAUCGAGGCGUUCGCGGUGCUCCAGCUGCUCCUGUGCCUCUUCGACAAGAGGGAGAAGGCCAAGGCCUUCGAGUGCGUGAACGCCCUGGUGCUUUGGCUGAAGGCGUUCAACCGGCCGACGCUGCACCUGUUCUCGGCGAGGGCGUACUUCUACCUCUCGCUCGCCUACGAGCAGGCUGGACGACUCUCCGAGAUACGCCCCGAGCUGCAGGCCGCGUACCGCACGGCCUGUCUGCGGCACGACUCCAUGGGCCAGGCCACUCUGUUGAACCUGCUGCUGCGCAGCUACCUACAGUACAGCCUGUACGAGCAGGCCUUGAAGCUGGUGCAGAAGACGACCUUUCCGGAAUCGCGGCCCAGCUCCCAAUACGCGCGAUAUCUCUUGUACAUCGGCCAGAUCAAGGCCGUUCAGCUGGAAUACUCCGACUCACACUCCAAAUUGAUGCAGGCAAUUCGCAAGUCGCCGCAGUCUCCCACGGUUGCCCUCGGUUUCAAGCUGUGUGCCCAUAAGCUUGCGAUCAUCGUGGAGCUGCUCAUGGGUGGCGUGCCCGACCGCGCUACUUUCAUGCAGAAGGAGCUGAAGGAGCACCUCCGGCCCUACUACGCCAUCACGAUGGCCGUGAAGUCGGGAGACCUCAACGCCUUCAAGGAGGUCGUGCAGCGGCACGAGGCCCUCUUCAAGAAAGACAAGACCUUGACUCUGAUCAACCGGCUCCGUUACAACGUCAUCAAGGCGGGACUUCGAAGCAUCAGCAUGUCGUACAGCCGAAUCUCGUUGGAGGACAUCUGCACGAAGCUGUCCGGCGGGGGGGGCAAGAGCGUGGGCCUGGAGACGCCUCAGGAUGCCGCCGGUAUCGUGGCCAAGGCUAUCGUGGACGGGGUCAUCGAUGCGACCAUCGACUAUGAAGGGGGGUUCGUGAAGUCCAAGCAGCGGCAGGAGGUGUAUACUUCUUGCGAGCCUCAGAAGGCGCUCCACAAGCGCAUCGCCUUCUGCCUGCAGAUGCGCAACGAGUCCGUGAAAGCGAUGGCGUACCCGGAGGAGAGUGGCAAGGACACCGAGGACGCGGAGGAGAGGCGUGAGCGGGAGAAGCGGGAGCUCGCCGAAGUUGAUGACGAGGACGAUGGCGACGACAUGAUGCUCUGA